AUGCCAUCGCGGCCACAUCUUCUAGCAUGUCGGAAGAUUCGAUUCCCGAUCACGAGUAAUUCGGGUACAUCCAUCACCUACAAGGCACAGCGAACGGAUGCAUCUGAAUGGUGUGGCGCCCAUUCUUGCACACGAUUCAGCCCACAGCUCCGAUGCGCCUCUUCACCGAGGGCAAUUUCCUCUUAUUCCAGGCCAUCUGUUGCUCAGUCAAAGCGACACUUUUCUAACACCACUCGCAAAGAUGGCAGCAUCUGGGAUGAAGAUGAUGACGAACUCCCCGAGCCACCUCCUGCGCGGCGCACUCCUAGCCGGCCGAUUCGUGCCCGCCCCACCGUCCACAAAGAUGUGAGCGACUUGGUUCGAGCUAGAGUAGAUGGAUCAGCUCGACGCUCUCAACGCAAAGAUAUCGAGAAACAAUUCAAUUUACUUGUGUCAUAUCAGGUUAUGGUUGGGAGUUUCAUUCAGUUGAAGUAUCAACACCUCGACGAUAAGCUUUCCGAACUCAUAGAUGUCAACAAAGGCCUACAGGCUGAAUGGAAAUCCCUCUCGGUCACCUUCCAAAAGCGAAUUAGUGACGCGAUGUCACGGAUCACAAAGAAGGUCCUCCAAGCAGAAAGGACAACUCAUGGAUAUGUGGAUGAAUGGGCAAUGUUGUCAACCCGUAUCGAAUCGCGGUACAUUGAGAUGAUUGCGGAUACCAGGGAUCAAGUUCUUCAAGCGGAGAAGACCACUCAAAAGUACGCCCAAGAGGUGACCCGCCUGUCGUCUUCCAUACUAGGAUUAAACCGGAUCCAAGCUGCUGUCACGGAGUCAGAGGAAGUUUGUCGACUCAUUGAUCAUGACUUCUGCCGCACUGUUUUCUAUAUGAUACCAGAAUGGAAAAGCAAGCUGAAAAGAUUUGACCAGAACAUCCGUCAGUGGCGAAAGCCUGUCCGCGCGGCUCGGAUCAAACAUUUGUCAGAACAAGUUCAUUGUUCUGAGCGAUCAAUAUCUCGGCUACGGGAGACCCUCAACAACGAGUAUCGAGCGCGGAAGGCUGCAAGAGACCGCAUUGAUCGAGUGCUUGCCCAAGGUGACCUUGUUCAUAAGACGUAUAGCCAAUUGAAAGCGUCACAUCAAAGAAUAACAUUCAGUACUAUCUGCAGACUUUGUGGGGAACUCUCACGCAGCGAAAAUAUUCGCCCACUUGAUCAACACAGAUUUCUUGAAUUUGCGAGCGUCAUCGCUGAUGGCCGAAACGUCCUUCACAGUCGUCUGCAUGCCUAUCGUUCGAAUUGGCUCCAAAAUCAAUGGGAUGCUCAUCCACUCCGGCAAAGUCAAGCAUGGGACCUGCGGGGCAUCACGAAUGCAAUAGCGAGAGAAGUUGGUGAUCUCGGCAGCCAUAAUGUCAUGAAUCAAAUUGCACUGGCUUCUCCAAAUAAGAUAGGGUUCAUUCGGAGAAACACACUUCAGCUAUCUCACUCUUUAUAUUCAGUGUACCGCCCUAUUUGGAAGCAGAGACCAGCACGCAGCCCUGAGCUACCUAUCUACUGGCGACAGUUGGAUGUAUUGGGGCCAUUUCAAAUCGUUAAUUUUGCCUCGUGGCGGAUUGGGGAGGAAGCUAUGUAUCUACUCAACACCCUCAAGGGACGAGGUGGGGAUUUGUGGUCCUGGGUGCCUUCAACAACCCUGACACAUACUAUGGACAAGUUACAUCAAUGGUGCGCUACCGAUCACGAUCAUCGCUCUGAGUUUCGAAGAGAGUUCACCAAUUAUCGACACUUGAAUUGGUUGCGCCUCCGAUCGGAGACCACUCUACAUUCAAUGGGUGAACCUGUCUAUCUUGCCGGAAAGUUCGAAGUCCGGAAUCCAUUGAGCCAGGAUGCUCGGCGCUUCGGGGAAUGGACCAGGACAAUGGGCGAGCUCAUUACUGAUGGAUAUGUCGCCCAGCUUGCCAUGAUCACGACGCCAGAGCAGUGGAAUGAAAUCUAUCGCAAGCUUGAGCUGCUUGCCACGACUAAAAGCCGGGUUGAGAAUUUGGGUUCUUCAAAGGCGUGGCGCAAGCGAAAGAAGGGACGACGAGAACCUGGGUCUCCUGGAGUAGCUCCUGUGAGCCAACCUUCGCGGGGCUCCGCAGAAGUAACCUCAAGGCGUCCGUGGGGACUUCCCCCACCUCCACUUGAAUCCUCACCUGAGCAGCCUGCUGACACUGCAAGUAUGUUACCAAAGCUGGGGGCUAGAGAGCGAUCAUCUACUCUGGCCACUAACAAUGGCAGCCAAGAAGAGAGUCACCUUCAACACAAGCCAUCAACCACCGCCUGGAAAAAGGCGAGGAAGUUCGCGAAUGGACACCAGCCCGAGUCCAAUUUCUUCUCAGGGAACCCCACUACCAACCAGGAUGGCCACGGGCAUAGCCGGACUGUGUUCACACCACGAGCCGCACCCUGGGCGACAACGAGGAGAUUCUCGAAUGAGCACCACCCUGAGUCCAGCCCAUCUCCUAUCAAGCCUACCGGCCAAAAGUAUAAACCCCUGGCGAGUCAAGCAGAUUCCAUCAACCCACAUGGUGUAGCCCAACAGGUUCAGCGAGUUUUGUCUCCAACGGUGACGCGAUACCGCGAUCAGAGCGACUCUUUGGGUGCGGCAUCCAAGAAGAAGGAACUUGCCGAGCAGGCCUUCGACUUCCUAUUCGCCAAAGGUCCACCACACACAAUUCCGAAAGUGUCGAGCGGUUACCGCCGCCGCCUAGGUAGAAUACGCAACAAAUCCCACGUCGCAGCAACGCGACUGCGAAAGCAUUCUUUGACACCAGGCGGAAAUGUGACCAGAGAAUACAGCACCAGUGUCAGUGUUUACGAGACAAAGUCACAAAGCGAGAGUGCCAAUGAUGAUUCUCUGCGUGAACGGCCACUUGAGCAUGAUAUGUCCUCGUUCUCAAACGCCGAGAAUGGACACCGCCGAGGAUUUAGUGAAGCGAACUUCCCCCCGGAUGAGGCGGUUCCACCUGCCGAGAUUGAACCAAAUGCCGACAAUCUCACAAUGCCCCAAUUCUGGACCCAUAGCUCACAACAAAGUCCCAAUGGCCAGAAGCCCAUCGUGCAUUAUUGCCGGACCCUUCAAAGCACGGAGCAAACCAUGCAACACUUCCUCGAAAGCAAAGUAAUUGGAUUCGACUUGGAAUGGAAGGCACAAGCAUCAGGCUCCGACAGCGUCCAGAGCAAUGUUUCGCUGAUUCAGAUCGCAAACGAGGAGCGUAUCGCCCUCUUCCAAGUCGCGCUCUUCAAGCCUGCUCGCUCCCUGGAAGAUUUGGUGUCCCCAUCAUUGAAGCGCCUAAUCGAGUCUCCCGAUGUCAUAAAGGUGGGCGUAGCAAUCAAAGCAGACUGCACGCGCCUGCGCAAGUAUCUCGGCAUCGAUGCACGCGCUACCUUCGAGCUCAGCCAUUUGUUCAAACUGGUGAAGUACGGCAGAGACAACCCCAAAUUGGUGAACAAAAGGGGCGUCAAUCUCAGCGAUCAAAUGAGGGAACAUUUCGGUCUUCCUCUUGAGAAAAGUGACGAUGUACGCUGCGGCGAUUGGUCCCGGGCAUUGAACUAUCGUCAAGUUCAAUAUGCCGCUACUGACCCGUAUGCCUGCCUUCGUCUGUUCCAUAUCAUGGAGGCAAAGAGACUAGCCAUUGAUCCUACGCCACCUCGUCCUGCAUAUGCUGAACUUAAUCAGCCCAUUAUCCUUCCGCUUGGCCAGAAGGUCAUCGAAGAUGAAAAGGAGCCGCUGAUCUGA